AUGGAGGACCCCGAUAUACGACAACAGAAGCUGGACAAUCAGCGAACCCUUUUGAUGAAAAAGCAGCAAAAGAAGAGGGCUGAUGCUCAAAUGGUGGUAGCCAAUCGAGAUGCUCGCCAAAAGAACCGAAAGCACAAAGCUGCCCACUCUGAUGAAACACCUCUGUUGAUCAGCCAAUCCCUGAGCAACACUUCUCUGAGUGAUCAAGUUGAACAUGCCCAUGAUAACCCACUGGAUGAGAUCACAUUAGGUGAAUGCAACAUGACCGCAAGCACAACACUAGAUGAAAUGCCUUCAGAGAAUCCUGUCACUCCCAAAAAAAUGAACUUGGAGAUCGACAAAGAGCCUGAGGUGAAGUGUGAAGUGGAGAAUGGUGCUCAGGUCGAGGGCAAAAAGACAAAGAAGAAAGAGGCAAAGAAACAAAAAGACAAACAGGUGGAACAGAAUGAUGAAAAAGAGAAAGACAAGGAGAAAAAGGAGAAAAAAACUAAGAAGAAAGACAAAGUGAAAGAAUCUGAAGACCCACAGAAGACAAUCAAGACAACCAAACAAGAGCGUAAAAAAAAGCACUUGCAGGAGGCUUCAACCCAGGAGAUAGAGUCAGUGGAGGUGACGCAAAGUCCAAAGAAGGAAAAAUGUGUUGACAGUGAUGACGAAGAGGAAGACGUGUCCAAGAGGCGUGUCCCACAAACGCCUAAGAGGAAAAAACAACUCGACACAUCCAGGUGCCAAAUAAGUGACGAGAGCAAAGAUGAGGAAAUCCAGGAAAAGGACAAAAAGGAAAAAAAGACAAAGAGAGCAGAGAAAACUACGUCAAGUCUCGCUUCCCUUAACUCAAACUACAGAGAGUGUUCAUCAUCGGGCAGUGAGACUCAUGAAAGAACAACAUCUCCAAUAUCAGUGGAGGAUCUUGAGAAGUUUGCUUUGCGUCCAGCACCCAGAGAUGUGACGAUCCAGUGUAGGGUCACCAGGGACAGGAGAGGCAUGGAGAAGGGCAUUUACCCGACUUACUACCUCCACAUGGAGAAGGAGGAUGGCAAAAGGGUGUUUCUAAUGGCAGGCAGGAAAAGGAAGAAGUGCAAAACAUCCAACUAUCUCAUCUCCACUGACCCGACAAAUCUGUCCAGAGAUACAAACUGCUACAUAGGAAAACUAAGGUCCAAUGUUCUGGGUACAAAGUUCACAGUCUAUGAUGGAGGUGAAAACCCGGAGAAAAAGCCCUUUGUCAAAGAGUGUGAAUCAGUGCGGCAAGAACUUGCAGCAAUAUGUUAUGAGACCAAUGUGCUGGGAUUUAAGGGUCCCAGGAAAAUGACAGUGGUCAUCCCUGGCAUGUUGGAGAACGAUGAAAGAGUGUCCAUUCGUCCAAAAAACGAACUUGAGACUCUCUUGGCCCGCCAUGCAAACAACAACACAGAAAAACUGGUAACACUAGUGAACAAAUCUCCAAGCUGGAAUGAACAGACUCAGUCUUAUGUGCUUAACUUCCACGGACGUGUCACCCAGGCCUCAGUCAAGAACUUCCAGAUUAUCCACCCUGACAACGAGGAUUACAUAGUGAUGCAGUUUGGCCGUGUAGCGGAGGACGUGUUUUCCAUGGAUUACAGUUUCCCCAUGUGUGCCCUGCAAGCCUUUGCCAUCACCCUUUCAUCCUUUGAUGGUAAACUGGCCUGUGAAUGA